AUGUCUCAAUGUACUUUCAAUCCCUGCGAUUACCCCGAUCUACACAUUGCAGUCAGUGGUCAACCUCAUUAUCGUCAGUUACUCGAUGACAACAACCAAGUUAUCGGUGAAUGGUUUAAGUUCAUGUAUCUUGACCAAAGCGAUAUCGGCAAAUUCAAUGAUCCUGAAAUUCUCCGUCUUCACAAAAAUCUUGCUGAACACGUACGUGGCAAUUUCGAUUACGGGUUGCAGAAAUGGGAGUCAGGUUUCCAGAAAUUCGAUCACGAUAUGACUGGUAAUCGUGAUGGUCCGAAUACCGCCUAUACGACCGGAAUCGCACUUCAAGGUUCUUACGCAGCAGCCCCUGCUGUACAUUCAACUUGGGAGAAAACUAAAGAUCCUGAAUUUAUGCAAUGGUUGGCCAAAUUCCAUUGUAUCCUUGGCGAUCUUGGUGGACGUGUUAUGUCAACUGUUAUGGACGACGUCUAUAAUCAAUUCACGAAGGAAAGACAUGAACGUUACAAUCCACCAUUUUUUGGGCCAUCUACUGGUUCACAAACCUAUUUCACUUCAUCGCAAAUCAACCGUAGUACCAACACAAUGAGAUUGCAAGGUACAGCUGCCGGUGUUCAUUGUGAUUCCACAGACGAUGAACUUUCCUUUUCGCUUGCUCUUAACGUGUCGGUCAUCAAAGAUUCAACUUCGCUUGGAUACUUCUGGUUUCCUGAUUUCGAUACAUUGAUCCCAGUCAAACCAAUGUCUAUGAUCAUUUUUCAAGGUAUCGAAGAACACACUGGAAUGCCGAUGGUUCUAGAUAACAACGAUUCCUCAUCUCUCCCUUUCGGAUAUACUGAAGAUACCCGUUUCAAUAUUAUCUGUUAUCCUAAAGGACCGACAAUGAAGAAUACCACCUAUCGGAAUUAUGGUAGCUUUGUCAAUUCUGCGCCGGAACGUCCUAAUCUCAUGGCUGAUGCUCUUUCUAGUUUUGGGGGAAAGGAAAACUAUGAUACGUGGAGAGCUAGAGAGAUUUUAAGAGUUAAUAUUCCGAAUAUCAAAAAUAUUUUUGGAAGACACAUUGCAAUUAAUAUUGAUGCUGAAGCUCAAUAUAAUUCGAUUUCUUUUCCGGAUAACGAUUCGCAGUAUACACUCACUCCCUAUUCCGUUUCUGCAAACAAUUCCGUUGAAGUUGAGAAUCUUACACCACCGGAAUCACAAGCGGUAAUCACUACACAACAUACCCCAUAUCAAACUAUUAAUAUCAAAGAUAUUUUUGAUAAUACUUUGUUUGAUACCUUUAUCGACAAACUCCGUCAGAAAAUCAACUUUGUACGCCAUACACCUUUUAAAUCAUCCAUUACCGAAUCAAAUUCGAAUGCGAUAACAUCAUUGAUAACCAAUUCGAAUGUUGAAAAUCCGAUUAAUCAGAAUUCGAUUCAUAUUGCGGAAGAUGAAAACGAUAUCAAUGAUAUUUCUGAUAUUCAACUGUUUGAAUAUAAUUCAGAAAAAAAUCAAAAUCUUUUCGAUCAUAUCGGUGUCGACAAUGAUAAUGAUAAUGAACCUCCAGUACGUACGGUUGAUGAUAUCAAUUCCUUUGAGCUGUUUGAAUUGGGGGCUAUCGAAAACUUUAUUGCGACACUCAAGGAAACAUCAUUAAUGAUGAAGAAUCAACAUACGUUUUCAAUCCGCGACGAAUUAAAAGAUCAAAUCCCGUUCCUUCCACCUGUUGAUCAAACUGAAAUACAAGAUCCAUCUCGCUUCAUUCCUGAUUUCUCAACUACUUAUUCCCGUAUUUUGGGAACGCUCUCAAAAAAAGCAAGUCAGCUAGAUCCCCUCGAAAGUGGUUUACUGGCAGCUCAAGGGAAAUUAGCAUUCGAACAUAUGGAAAUGUUAGAACAUGAUUUUUUCGAUCUGUUCAACCCCACAUCAAAUAUCGUUCUUCCGCCAAACAAUAACGACGAAAAAUCGACUCCGGAAUUAUAUUUGUUUGUACCACCAGUAUAUGACUUUGCAUUUCGAUAUGAUGUUAGUAAUAAGCUAUCGAGCCAAACUAUGGAUAAUAUUGUAUCCAUAAUUACCGAGGAGGAAAGUAUUAGGCCAGCAAUUACAGCUGUAAAUCAGCUUGCCAAAAUCCUUUCCGAACAUUUCGACCUUGAUCAAUUAUUUCAACGACGUGGCACCAAAACCUUUAAUUCUUUUCUUGGUACCAAUACACAACAAAACCGGGCUGCUCAACGUUCAGCAAUUUUACCUGUCGGAAAUUCUACCAAACGUAAACAGUUUGACAAUUCUAUAUCGAGAACAGUCAAGCGAUCUAGAAUCGAACGCAUCAGACCGUUUCAACAACCGUUCGAACUUAACGACCUUGAUCUUAAUCGAUUGAAUGAAAGUCUUGAACCAAUCAGUGGUAAUCAGGUAGCAAUUGACGGAGCAUGUUCUAUUCUGAAAUGUUUUUAUUCAGUACUCAAAAUCAAUGAAAUCUGUAUUGAGAUUCUGAAUCACCCAUCGCCGAUACAAUAUUUCGUAACAAAAACCUCAAAUAUCACAAAUUCGACAACUUUGAAAUAUGUUCGUGCAGCAUGCGGAAAAGACGUCGAUAAGGAUAAGCUUUUAUGUGCAAGGACUCAAGACCACUUGGAAAGAUCAGGAAAGACAGUUGAAUCCACGUACCGAACCGAGCUUUCUGAUGCUUCGAGUCUAUGGACAGAUGAGUAUAAAAGCGAUUCAAGUUGA